CCUAAUGAUUUGCAUCCAACGCCUUCCCUCGUCCUUUCAGUAUCCGUAACACGUUUAUUGCCCCGUAUUUUCCUGCAUAAGAAGCUGUAUCAGCCUCUUACACAGCACCUUGACAAUUAUCUCCCCGUUCUAUCAAUGAACUCGAUCCACUGACAACCUCCUUAACCCUUUUUUUCUUUACCCCUAUCAUCUUCAAAUCGAACAAUAUUCGUGUCUUCAAUGAUGAUUGCAACUACAACGAUGCACUCUCAAAUGCUACCAUCAAACGGUAAUGAUGACAUAUCGCGAAUGAAUCGACCUAAACGACGUACGUUAUGGCGACCGUCUACUUCGCACUCACCUGAACCGGAUCGACAAUCUGUUCAACAGCCAAGAGCACGUAAUCGAAUCUCGACAGGCUUCGAAAGUAGACAAACACCGGAACUAGAUUGGGAUCCACAAUCUUUCAGCCCUGCUCUGAUGCUAUCGACGGUCAAACGAACGGAAACAACGAGAUUCAAUUCUGAUUCACAACAACAACAAGAAUCAAGAACCCGUAAAACUUCACUCAGAAGGAAAACAGGAUUAGGUUCGCGCAGUGGAGAGAAAAGAAGGGUUGCGGUUGUGGCCGAUACUGUGGGGCAAAUAACAUCUGAAAUCAUGCCGCACAGUCGUUUGAUGGGCUUGCAAGGAAAAGCCAAAAAUGCUGCAUCUUCUUCUGCGGGACCUUCAACCUCGAUACAACUGCCUAACGAACAACAUUCGAUCAAAGUCGGAGAAGGAAGUAGUGGCACACAAAAGAGAUCGGAAGGGAUACCAAUUCGAAUGCGUAGACCUUCUUCACAGAGUUUGAUGCUUGAUUUGGAUGGUCUAGAUUUAGGACAACAUCCUCAAAGCACACCAUUGCUCAAGCCUGCUACGAAUUCCCCUCUCUCUUCCAGUUGGCAGAAAGAAUCUUUGCUGCCAUCUAGAGCGGCUUUAUCUUCACAACAACCUUUGUCUCAUCACAGACAUCCCUCGGAUGAAGAGUGUAAUCAUACUCCAUCGCAAUUUCACGAUGAGGAUACCUUUGCCGCUCAUCUCCGCGAUUGCGAAGACGCACACGAUAUACCAACAGUAGAAACAUUUCUACAAAAUCCGACAAAGAAACCGUGCGAGGAACAGAAAGCACAACAGAGCAAUCUAACUCCCGAUACCAAUGAAUAUGUUCUUGGUGGCUUUGCAAGUCUCGGUAUCGUCAAAACGCCAAGACCUCCAAUGAAGACGAGCAUGGGCUCGGAUACAGAUCUCACAGGAUCUUCUUCGUCUAUCGGUUUGAAUUCUUCUGUAGGAAAGGAAGAUGAAUUAUCUCCAUGGACGACAUUAAAGUUGCAACAGAGGAAUCCAGUUGAAAUCGUAGACAUCUUAUCGAUCGAUGAGAUGGGACUUCAUAGCAUCAAUGUUGGCAGCAGAGAUGAUUGGCGCGGAACGGCUUUGGUAGCAACGGGUACAGGUGAAGGUAGUGAGCAAGACACCAAAACCGAAGCGGAGUGGUCUGUUGCACGAAAUCAGAAGCGGCAACGGAAGUGGAUUGUUGCUCCAGCAGCACAGACACCCGAACGUACGGUCGUGGUGUCUGAUCAUAUCACAAGAAAGAAGAAUGCAGAUCUUGUAUCGAUUUUGCAUCCAAAUGCAUUUUCAGGAUUUUCAUCUUUCAGCUUGCGUUUCUUGCAAGCGGGAAGCCGCGCACCGGAUUGCACAAUUGUUCUCGCAACUCCUGCAACCCACCGAAGACGGAUUGAAGAACAACAAUGGAAAGCUUCUCCCGUUUCUACUUCCAAUUUGAGCUCAAAAGGAUUGCAUGAAGAGCAAAUGCAAAGCUGGGAUGUGGGUACCAGUACAACGACAACACUCGAUGAGGAUGCUUGGCCUUCUCUCCGUGCGCGAACAAUCAGUACGAACUUGCCGCCAUUUGGAGCACCAUCGCCUGUUCUCCGUGAAAGACGAUUGACGCACUCCAAGUCAACUUCAACGAUUGUUGCACCUUUUGCAGUUGAGAUCGAGAGCAGAAGACCAUCUUUGGGUAAAAGUAUGAGUCAUGAAGGAUUAGCGCCAGACUUUUCUCCCAAGCCGAACGAACAUGCAUUCAGCGAUCCGACAAGAUCAUAUGAUAGUGUACAGACGCAUUCUUUCAAGCCAGCUACAGCCUUUGGCAUGAAAGCUUCCAGUAGAUCACCUUUUGAAGAUUACUCUUUUGAUCGCAAGACGUCUACAUCAAUGUUUGCAAAUGCAGGGUCGAUGUCACCUUCUGGUGUGGCACCACAUGAGAGAGGACCUUCACCACGAUCCUCGAUGAGCGCAUUCAACGCAGUCAAGAAGGAAGCUAGAGCAAGAGAAAGACGUUCGCCAGUUUUGCCAUCUAAUAGUGCUUUCGAGACAACCAGUUCUGUCAUCAAGAAAGGCAAUGUCGGAGCUGAAUCAUCUUCUCCUCUGGCUCAAAGUUCCACGCCACCAAUUUCCGGAAAGCGUGAGAAACGAUUGGGGGAUUGGUUGCGUAGGAAGGUGCUACCUGUUGGAUCUAAUUUGGCAAAUACUUCCAGCUCUAAUACGACAAGUUCAAGUCUUUGGUCUCCUCCUUUACCGCCUGCGUGGGAAACGGCUAAAGGUGAUCUUUAUCGAUCUCCACGUCUGGCACCACAAAGUGUGAUUGAAGCAUCUGGAAAGGAAAUGCUUGAUUACAGCAAUCUAGCCGGAAGGGCUGCUUUGACCAACCGAAGCAACAUUAUCACCGAUACGCAAUUGAAGGGAUCUUCUCCUAAAAUCCACGCUUCAGAAGCAGCGGCGGCAAUGCCUCCUCCUUCAGAUAUUCUCACUCAACGUAGGAGAAGUAAUUCCGAUGACAUCGUUGCUGCUAUCAGCGAAGCUCAACGCAAGAGAACUCAAGCCUUGGUGAUGGGUAAUGAUGUUGACAUUGCAACGCGCAAAGCCCGAUCUGCUUCUGGAAAUGCAAAGAUGAUUCCAUCUUCAACGAUCCAUCCUGAAGGAAUCAAGCAAGAUUUGCUCAGCGAUGGACUACCAUCCGCAUCGACAUCUGAAGCCGGACAUGCAGAGAAUGCAAGUGUACCUUACGUACCUUCUUCUAAUCAAGCAGCUUUGCUUGAAGGUACGCCGAAAGUGUUUGCUCCUGAUCUGCUCGGAUUGGGUGAUGUGCCAUCAGAAGCAAUGACGAUGAUCAUCGCUCUUCCACUCGGCAACCAUACAGAAUCAUCGUAUGCUUCUCGUUAUUUGCGUGUCUCGUUUGUCCCUUUCCAAGUGGCAGCAUCUUCUUCUCAUGGAAGUGAAGAUAUGCAAUUAGGAACUUCAAAUCUUGGUGGAAGUAGUUCUGGCGGUCAACAAUUUGAUUCUCCUUUGAUGCACGUUGUGUCAAUGAACAAUCAAGAGGCCAUCUCUCCAGGAGAAGGUGCAAGCAAUGAACAAUCAAACACAUCGUCUUCUGGCUUAAAUUGGUACCGUCGUUUGGCACAUGCAUGGCAUGCAACACCUAGUACACAAAGUGCUUCAAGCGAUGACGAAAGCAGUGCUUACAACCGCAGUCCACCACCCGGAAUGAUCGGAGCCAACACGUCUGAACAACUUUCAAAACCCUUUGUAACAAAUGAUAAACGAGAACCUUUUCGAAUCAUUGCAAAGGUUUUGGCAAACGAUCAUUUACCUUCUUCUUUUGGAUUAGGAGCAGGAAAGAUUGAAUUGGACUCUGCUACAUCUUCUACUUCCACAACCACGCCUUUGACAAAUGCAGUCAAUCAAGGUAUUCCUCAACCAUUUAGUUUUCCAGUCAUUUUGGGAAUGUGCGAUACUUUUGGUCGUUUAGAUUUGAUACCCGAAGGAUGGCAAGCGAUUGGCUUGGCCAAUGGACCCGCACCUGAUUCUGUUCCUUUGAAUAUUAACACAGGUAUUGAUUCAACCACAACGAUCGACGUUCCUCAUCCAUUACGUGGAGUGGCAGAUUUGAUCAUAGCUGGUUGUGCUGCUUGCAUGGAUUUGUAAGCGAGCAAAGGGAAACGUCUUGCAAUUUUUUCAUCAUCAUCAUUUUUUAUUUUCACAUAUUCUUGUACCAAUCUUUUUUGUUGCUGUUUUCAUCACUCUAUCUUCUCUUUUUUCUCGUCAUUUGCCUAUAUAAUCUUGCACAUGCCAAUGUAUAGUAUCGGUCUUUUAA